AUGAGCGAAAUUCGGACCAUCAGCACCAAGCCAUUUAAGGAUCAAAAGCCUGGAACAUCAGGCUUAAGGAAGAGGGUCAAAGUGUUUCAGCAACCACACUAUACCGAAAAUUUCAUUCAAGCUAUCUUGGAUGCAAUUCCUGAGGGCUCGAAAGGUUCUACUUUAGUUAUAGGUGGAGACGGGCGCUUUUACAAUGAUACGGUAAUCAGCUUAAUCAUAAAGAUCUCAGCGGCUAAUGGUGUUAAAAAGUUGAUCAUUGGACAAAAUGGUAUUCUCUCUACACCUGCUACAUCCCACAUCAUUCGAAUUUCAGAUGCUACCGGUGGUGUCAUUUUGACAGCUUCCCAUAACCCGGGUGGCCCUGAAAAUGACUUAGGAAUAAAGUACAACUUGGGUAAUGGAGGUCCAGCACCUGAGUCUGUGACUGAUCGUAUAUUUGAUGUCUCAAAGAACCUCACAGAAUAUAAAGUGAUUGAUCUCCCCGAUUUUGAUUUACUGCAGCUUGGAGAUCAUAAGAUUGGGCCACUUGAAAUUCAAAUUGUUGAUUCGACCAAAGAUUAUAUCGAUAUGCUAAAAUCGAUUUUUGACUUUCCUUUAAUCAGGUCAUUUAUACACAGUGCCGCAAAAAAUCAAGGUUUUAAAGUCUUAUUUGAUGCAUUAAAUGGGGUUACAGGCCCGUAUGGAUGGAAAAUAUUUGUGGAAGAAUUGCACCUUCCUCCCUCAUCAGUUCAAAAUUACGAACCAAAACCAGAUUUUGGUGGCUUGCAUCCAGACCCGAACCUAACCUAUGCCAAGACCUUAGUCGAUAAAGUCGAUAAAGAAGGUAUUGCUUUCGGAGCUGCUUCUGAUGGAGAUGGGGAUAGAAACAUGAUAUACGGAGCCGGUACUUUUGUCUCACCUGGUGAUUCUGUCGCUAUUAUUGCAGAAUACGCUGACUCGAUUCCCUAUUUUGCUAAAAAUGGAGUUUAUGGCUUAGCCAGAUCAAUGCCAACUUCAGGUGCAUUGGAUUUGGUUGGUAAAGAUAAAGGACUCAAAGUAUAUGAAGUUCCUACAGGUUGGAAGUUUUUCUGCUCUUUAUUUGAUGCUAAAAAGUUGAGCAUUUGUGGUGAAGAGUCUUUUGGAACAGGUUCAAAUCAUAUCAGAGAAAAGGAUGGAUUAUGGGCAAUCAUCGCUUGGUUGAAUGUUUUAGCUGCUUUCGAUAAGCAAUACCCUGAAAAGUCUACCUCAAUAGAAACAGUUCAAAAACUGUUUUGGGAGAAAUAUGGGCGAACAUUUUUUACUAGAUAUGAUUAUGAGAAUGUGUCCUCUGAGGGGGCAAAUAAAGUCAUUGAGUUAUUGACUUCCAUUGUUGAUAAUUCUCAAAAAGGAUCUGAACUUUCUCCAGGAUAUAAAAUCAAGGAAGCUGGGAAUUUUUCGUACACCGAUUUGGAUGGUUCCGUCUCCUCUAAUCAAGGUUUAUACAUUAAAUUUGAAAAUGGCUUAAGAUUUAUUGUCAGAUUAUCAGGAACGGGAUCUUCCGGUGCCACGGUUCGGUUGUACUUAGAAAAACAUUCUAGUGACCAUCACAAGUUCACGCUUGGUGUGGACGAUUUCCUUUCUGAUGAAAUUGCAUUCGUAUUAGAGCUCUUAAAAUUCAAGCAAUUCUUAGGCAAAGAAGAGCCAGACGUACGUACUUAG